UUCGUACCCAUAAUUUUGAAGUAAGUACAACAAAAAUGUUUGAUUGGAUACAAAAUGGCGCUGAAAGUUAUGGAAGUUGUUAAUUGAAAGUUCAAUAGCAACAUUGUCAGAGGUAGAAAAGCGUCGUCAGUCAUGGAGAGGGGUGGGGGCUAUGGCCAGUCCCUGGCCCAUAGUUUUAGUGUGCCGAGUCUUGUAGAAGGCAGCGAACCAAUAAGUGAGGCAGAAGAAUUUGUUGAGAUGAAAUCUUUGAGAGAAAGAGGGGACAAAGCACUCAAGGUGAAGGAUUUUACAGGAGCUAUAAAGUUUUAUAACGAAGCGUUGGAAAUUGACGAGCAGAAUCCUGAUGUGUUGUUGGCACGUGCCACUGCGUGCAUAGAGAUGGGGGAUUACAUCAGUGCACAGAGAGAUACAGAAUUUCUUAUCAGCCAAGAUUCUGAAAACCAUCUGGCAUACAAGGUUCAGGGCCUUGCACUUAAGUACCUCCACCAAUAUAAAGAAGCUUUGACCUCAUUUCUCACUGCCCUUGACCUUGACCCAGAUAGCUCAGAUGAACUCACUGAUUUUAUAGCAGAUGUUGCGGCAACAUUCUGUAACAUACCGGAGGAGACAAGUAACGCUCUGAAAGAUAUGGACUCGUACAAAAAAUUGAGUGAAGUAGGGGUGAGUUUAUUCCAAGCAAAGAAGUACAAGAUUUGUAUCAAAAUCCUCGACACUGCCCAGAAAUUCCAGACCAAUCAGAAAGGUAUCACAAUGAGAAUUCUCCUAACAUCGGCAAACGCCCACUCUGCGCUGAAGCACACAGAGAAGGCAAUCAGUCUUUAUCAAGAAUGUCUUCAAACUGCCAUAGCAACUCACGAUCAGAUCUAUCAAACUAAAGCUCUCGUAAAUAUUGCUACACUCUACCUUGAAAACCAUGACACUCAUCAGGCUAUUAUAUACUAUGAGAAGUUGCUACAUCUGGAGGCGGAGCUUAUUUUGGAGACCGGUAGCGAGGACGUUUUGCCGGACUUCUGGACGCGGGAACUUCAAUGCGGAUUACAUCUAAACCUUAGUAUAGCUUACAAGGCCAUUGGUAACAUGAAUGCUGCUAUCAGGCAUGCACAGAAGUAUGUGAAAUUUAUUGAAAAGUAUAAUUUUCAAGGAAAACUGAGAGCAGAGUCAUAUCAUAACACUGGAAUGUUAAAUGAAAUUUUAGGUAACUACAAUGAUGCAAUUAAAAAUUAUAAAACAUAUCUAGAAGAAGGAAAAAAGAAUGGGGAUAAAAAAGGAAUGGCACAAGCUUAUGGAUGUUUAGGUAGUGUGUAUGCAGCAUUGAAAAACUGGAAACUUUCAUUAACAUAUCAUGAGCAGUAUGUUACCAUGGCAACCAAAUUUGAAGACAAACGAAUGAAAAUAAUUGCCAAUGAAAUGCUUGCGGAUACAUUAAUGUUGAAAGGGGACUAUGAAAAAGCUUCAAAAGCUUAUGAAGAAAUGAUUAACAGUUGUAUACGGACUGAUUACAGAACUCGUGCAACUGGAAUGUGUAAACUAGGCCAUGCCUAUCGUGCUCUGAAGAGGAAUCUAUAUAGUUUACAUUUCUAUGAACAAGCAUCAGAACUGGCUGAAGAUUUUGAAUAUCCAGAAAUUGAGACGUUAAGCCAUUACAACAUAGCUUGUAUUCAUCAGCAGUCAACUCAAAUGUUGGAGCUGGAAAAAGCUUUAAAAUAUUUCCAACAGUUGGUUCCCUAUUAUGAGAGCAAAAUUCGAGAACAUAUGGUAGAAGACAGUCACUGCCCAGAGGAAUAUUGGAUCCAGCUACGUGAAUGUUAUGAUGGAAUCCAGACAGUUCAUGCUAAGCUCGGGAACAAAGAGGAGUGUCUGCAGUUUGCGGAAGCAUAUAGAAAACGUACACUAACCACAACUCAUAACUAUCAAGCAUCAGCGAUGACAAGUCAGAGUCACACGGCACCAUGGGAUAUGUGGUCGGUGGAGAGAAUGGGACGUGUAGUAUCACAACAGAACAGUACUGUGUUGUAUUAUUCACUGCUGUCAGAGUAUUUGCUGCUGUGGGUACUGCAGCCUGGGGUAGGGCUCGUCCGCUUCUACUCACGGAGGGCUGGUAAAGAGGAAAACAUGAUAGAAACUGUUGAAGGAUUGCUGAAUGAACUUAAGAAGAAUUGCGACUGGAAGCAAAUGACCAAGGUAUGUGAGAACAGAGCUUUACCACUGAGAACAGGUGAGCUCGAGAUGACCAGGAAGAAGUAUCUCAAGCUCAGUAACUCAUCUCGGAAAUCUGAAGCUGAAACUGAUGAGAGCAAAAAGCUUGAGAAUGAGAACCAAUCAGAGAAGAGUUUUGAGAGGAGAUUGUACGAUUUGUUGUUUUCGCCCGUGGAAGAUAUACUCUCUAAACUGCCCAAGGAAAGUCCAUUGAUAAUAAUUCCCGACAAAACAUUAUGUCAGUGUCCAUUUAACGUAUUGCAGGAUUUUCUGAACAGAUAUGCAUUUAAGAGAUUCAGGAUUACUUACUUGCCGAACUUAUUGUUACUUGACAAAGUGGUUGCUAAUGAGUUAAACCAUUUACGACUGAAGGAUGAUUUGGAGUUUAACAGGCAGAUCCAUAAAAAGGGAGGAAUGUUGAGUCUGACAAGUAAGUAUGUAGGAUCAGAUAUAAGUGGUCCUGCGUCAGUGAGAUCUUUAGCUAUAGUUGCCGAUGUGAGUGCCAAGCACCUGUCGCAUCCAAGGUUACUGACACGCCCACCUAGAACUCCAAUGAUACCACCUAAGCCAGGUGUACUGCCACAUCAGAGGACUAUGUAUGAAGAAGACUUCAAAAAACAUUCCCAGUGGAAAUCUCCAAGGACUGCUAGAGGACCUCCAGAUUCCUACAGAAGUUCACUGAAUACCAGCCGCACCCAAGUUGUAAAUCCAACACUAGAUCGUAUGUUUAGUCUAGAUUCAUUUUCAACAUUAACUACGGCAACAUCAACUGGUACAGAUAUAACAAGCUCAAAAUGUGCUAUCACCAAGUUCAAGCAAGUGAGCUGUCAGGAUAGAUGCCUCGUCUUUGCUAACCCAAAACUGCCAGAAAGUUUGAUGUUGCAUGGUAAGGUGUGGAAACCUAGCCUUGAGGAGUUGUCCUCGGCAAAGAGAGAGGCCCUGAACGUGGCAACAUUACUAGAUGUGAUUCCUAUAACAGGCCCUGAUGCAACCAAAGAACGCUUCUUGAAGGAUAUUGAGAGAGCUUCUGUGGUGCACAUAGUGACAUAUGGAUGUUGGCAUGAAGGUUUGAUAGCACUUGCCCCAUCCCCAGUAGAUGCUGGUGAGGACAUACCCACCGAGGAUUCCUACGUGAUAAGUGCUGAUGACAUCCUGGGGCUCAAACUCACUGCACAACUUGUUGUCCUCAAUAUGGCACACAAUGCAUACAGGAGAGAAACAAUACAGUCAGGAUAUCUGCUGCCAAGUGCAUUUAUAGCUGCUGGUGCUCAGUGCGUAUUAACCAACAUGUGGCCGCUUCCUGACUUGGCAGUGGAGAAGUUCUACACAAGUUUUUACCUCGCCUUACAGAGUGGUGCACAGUCUGCUACUGCCAUCUCAACUGCCAUAGAAGCUCUCAGACAAGAUGACAGAUACAAUGACCCAUUAUACUGGAGUGCCUUUGUUUUGAUUGGUAAGGAUGUAUAUAUAAACCUGAGUGAGAUACGUCAUGCCAUGUUGGACCAGAAUCUCGACCAAUCUGAGGCAGAGGUAGAGGAGGAAACUGGGCGGGAAUAUCUUAACCUGAAACCUGUUCUUGCUCCAGUAAAGAAGAAGCAGGAAAACCUACAUGAGCUUCAGCGCCAUCUUGGUACCCUGUUACGUAACCACGCCAAGCAGCCCCAGGUUUUACUUGAUCUCAUUGACUUGCUUGACAGUUCAUUAAAGAGGCUUCACACUGAGGAGAAUAAUAAGCAGACGACACUUCUCAGUGAUGACAUCAUGGGAGGUGAAGGUGCCCUUGACCUUCUCAAGUUGCUAGGCUUCCAUUUUCAGUCCAAGGGGUCAUCACUGAAUAAUCCUUAUGUGAUUUAUCCACAUUGGAACAGAGAUGAACUUCUGAUUCCGACGUAUGAUGCCGUCAGAUCAUUGCUUGAAAUAGCUGAUUGUAAAGAAUUAGUUCAGAGCCUGUGUGGAGUUUUACCUAUAACCCAGGACAACAUUUCCCUCAUCAUUGAUCUGCUGAGUGUAACAAAACAUGCUCCAGAGAUUCAGUUAAAGGUCUCGGAUCUUUCUGUCCGACCUCUCUGGGUGAACAUGAAACUCAAGAAAACACUGUUAGCCGCAGGGUUCCACCAGAUAGGCAUGCUGCUCAACUUCAAUAGGACGCCAGAAAAUAGGAAGUUGAUGACAGGACUGUUCCAGCUGUUACUGUCUGUCAGCCAGUCCAAGAGUCAGGUCCUUCUUUACAGAUUAGAUGUAAAUCUGCUAGGAAAUUCUUCAGAAGCAAAGUCAAUAUCUGACUACCCAGAACUAACAAGGCUGCCAUCACUUGCUCCGCUGAUGUUGCCAAGGAACCAGUUAUGUAUGAGCACACCUUGGCUGAGUAAAACUGAAUCACAUGUUGAGAUGGAGGAAAAAAUCAAAUUGGCAAGAACUCGAUCUGACCUUGAUGAGAAUUUCAAGGACUAUCUAGAAAGAGCCAAGACCUGGCAUCAGAUGACAGUAGUUGCACAGUUAAAAACGGCGAAAAAGGCAAAUGAAUCAUUGAAUGAGUAUGGUCGACCUCUGUCCCAACCAAGUAAGAUCAAAGUUCUACCAGGUGGGAGUGCAUCGAGAACUCGAAUUCCAGUUGAUGAAAAGGUUGUCCUGCUGAACCCUGAGGUGGACCAGCGCAGAGAUUACGCUCACUAUGUCUAUAACGAGAGGGUACAAAACAUUGGCACUCGCCAUAGAAAUGAAGUGUUAAAGCUGUACCUACCAUAUGUAAACAGCUGCUGAAAUCUGCUUAAACUACUAUAUAUGACUGUUCCUUCACAUGUUUUUUACAGUUACUGUAAUAUUUAAUGUCAUGAGAUUAAAAAGUUAAAUUCUUAUAAUUAUAGAAAAUUCAAGUUUGUUGCGGUUACAGGAGAGCAAUACACCUUUGAGAGCUGAACAUUACAGAACUGUGAUAUACUUUAGUUUAAUGACACUGCAUUGUAUUUAUCUGUUUACGUUUCUAUGAAUUUUAUCCUGAGAGUUUUAAGCAUGUUGUAUAUAUAUGUUGAGAGCUGUGAUAAUCUUGCACAAAAACAAAGUGUGUUUUAAUAUUUGUCAUUUUGACUAACUUGCACACAAUUUUAAGGCAUAUUUUUUAUCACCAUCAAUUUUGUAAUAGAGUGUUUUUGUUCAGUUCUUUUAUUGAAAUGCCAUUCAUGUGUUUGUUCCUGUGUGUGUAUGUUAUUGGGAUAACUUUGCUAAAAUUAUUACUUGCUGAUCUUCCAGGUAAAAGCUGUAGUGUACCUCUUUUGCCAGGAUAUAAAUUAAUGACUAUUUUCAUAUUACCAGCACUUGUUUUUAACCAAGGAAAAUGUUUUUGAAUUUUAUUGGACAAAAUAUAACCAAGUGGCUACAACUGAAAAUUUCAACUACUUGUAGCAACUGGCUUAAUAUUAAGAGUAGCUGUUAUGGUAUAUUUAUUCUGUUGCUUGUUCUUGUUUUGUUACAUUUUUAAAGAUUUAUCAAGAAAAUAAACUUAUAAUUAUUA